CAAUCCAUGAUAGACAACUACUUUGCAGACUUAAAUGCAAAAAUAGAGUUAAUUUAAGGGCUUACGUUUCGCGUUGGAGAAAUUCGAGCUGACCAGCAACAUGGAACGCGCAUACCCUGCAAAGGAAAGGAUUUCAACCGCUAAUAACAGCCGGCCUCAAAAUUUUAGUACUAACAAAAUUUCUUCGCUAACAAAAUUUCUUCGUUCAUCUUCACACGACCGAAAUCUGUCUGUAUUUCUUCCUUGUUCUUGCUAAUUUUCUGUAUAUUACUGCUUUCCUAUCUGUUUUGGCAAUGAUAUAGGAUCAGUUAUCCUUCUGAUUGUUGGAUUUGGAUCUUUUUUCCGUGAUUCUUUGAUUCAGUUUUGUGAAUUGAAGUUAAUGCAUCAAGCAUAAUUGGAUUAUUUUAUUGAAAUAGUGUGGCUUCUGUCAAUCUAACAUCAUUGGUGCAGUCCCGGAGGUCGCAAUGACCGCUGUUCUUCUGGCUGUGAAGAAAGAAGGGGCCGCAUCGAAAGAGAGAAAAAGAAAGGCCAGUAUUGGCAGAUUUUUUGCCCGAGCUUUCUUGAGCUCGAUGGAUUGGUUGUGGCGUCUUACGAUGAUUUUCUUGGACCGUCCCAUCUGCCUCCCGGGAUUUUUUAGACGCCUAUGGGAUUUCUUGUCCCCUGCAGUUCCCAGAAGCACCAUGUUCACCUUCUGCGCGGGGUUUCAUUUCUUGAUGAAAUUCUUGAUGAGCUUCUUCGGCAAGGUAUUUCGAAGUUUACUGACGGUAGCCAUUGCUGUCAGAAGGAGCUUAUCCACCGCUGUUGGUAUUUUUUUGGUGGGUUUCAUUCAAGGCAUGUUCCCCUGGCUGGGCUUCUUGGGGCAUUUCAUCUGCUGCCUGGUUUUAUGGAGACUUCUAGUGGAUUUCUUUACGGGCUUCUUGCUCCCUAGCUUAUCCACCCUCAGUAAUCUCUUGAUGGGUUUCAUUAGUGGCAUCUUCAGUGGUUUGUCCUUAUCCCUUUUCUUGGGUCCAGUUUACAACUUGAGGGCUGCUAUCUUGAGUAUUGGGCGACAGUUCGGCCGGAGAUUUAAUCGCCGAAAGGUUACUUAUUUUCCCGAACACCUUCUUGAAGAGAUAUUCGCCCAUCUCCCAGCGAAGAGUUUGGUAAGGUAUGCUUCUCUUUCAAAAAGUUUUAGAGCUUGCUUUUAUGAUAGACAUUUUUUGAGGCUCAAAUUGGCAAGAUGUAGAAAGCUCAAGCUCAUAGUUACAACAGGGAUUAACAUGCUUUCUGUGGAAUUGGACGGGAGUCACGGGACCCCUCCAAUACUUUUACCAAAUCCCUUGAGCCUAGAUCUAAAGGAUUUGGAUAGCAAAAACAUAAUAUGUGAUCUUUAUGGAUCAACUGACGGCUUAAUUCUAUUGGGUGUAUAUCUGAUUAUUUUGGAGAGGGAAAGGAGACAAGGUUUUUUUUACAUUCUAAAGGGAUUGUACAAUCCAUCAAUCAGAAAAUUCCAAAUAAUCUCCAUUCCUCCUCUAAAAGAACAGGUUGGAUACAUAGGUACAAUCACAAGCUGUUUUGGGUAUGAUUCAAGCUCACAUGACUAUAAAGUAGUUGAACUUUUGAUGUUUGAGAAUCUAGAAAUAUGGGUUUACAGCUUCAAGAGUGAGACAUGGAAGAGAGUUUGCAAUUUACAAGUAAAUUUAUUCAAUGGUCACUUAGGAAGUCGCCUGAGUGCUUAUCUUGAUGGAUCUGUUUACAUUCCUGUCAACAACACAAUAGUACAGUUCAGAUUGUGUGAUGAACAGGUCCAAAUCAUCAGUUUGCCAGAUGAAAAUGUUACAAGCAGUCUGAUUGUGAUCGAUGAGGCCUUGUGUACCAUGAAAACCAAUGGCUCAGUGCAAGAAUUUUACAAAUUCAUUAAUGGGAAUUGGGUUCAAUUCUUGGUUUUAAAGGAAGAGAACAUGUUAGGAUGGACAUUACUAGGUAAAUCAGCUGACAACAGAUACUUGUUCAACGCGGGGGAACACUUCCUGCUGUAUAGUGAAUCUGAUGGGGCUACAGAGAUUCCGGGGGUGCGUGUAAUUGACGGAUUCGAUUUCUACAUCCCUGUACUGGAGACAACAGUCUGGCCCUGAAGACCAAGAUAUGAACGAGAACGGGUACAACGUACAAUUUUGCCCUGGAUUUGUUGUUUUUUUCUUUUUUUUUUCGCUCUGUUUGGGACAGGGCAUGAGAGUAUCUUAGGGGACUAACACGUGCUUGGUAGAGAUAGAGCUAUGCUAUUUUUUUUCCUUGUUUGGGACAGUGCAUAGGACUCAUCUUAGGGUACUACCUUGUGCCACUUGCUCUGUUUUCUGGAAGCUAGUUCUGGUGUCAUUUGAGAGAGGAGAAAAUUGUGAUCUACUGUAGUCUUGUGUACGUUUUGAUGGCAAUAAGUAGAACAGAAAAUAUUCACUGAAAGACAAAAUUUUGAUGACAGCAUUACUUGUUCCUCUGUUUCUAACUAAUUUGAUCCGUGCAAAACAAAAUUUUAAAAUAGGAAUGAAUAGCAUUAACAGAGACUAGACAAACCACCAUAUCUGAUUAAUACAAGAACAAGACUAUGAGUUUCAAUAAUUAAAUUCAAGCUCCUCUCAGAAGGAAUAUACAGAGAGCUGUGAACCAAAGGUAACCAGUAAACUGUUCAACAGCUUAUAGGCAGUAGUACAAAGCUAUGUGCAUGUUCCUUUUGUAAUGUGCAAUAUUACAGCAUUUUCACAGAAAAUGUCUAAUUUUCAUUGACAGGCAAAAACUUCCUUGAGAAGGAGAUAAUCACUAGAUCAUUUAGAUCAUUGACAAGUUUUUGAUGCUUUGUUUGUCCUUUGCUAAGACUCUUCUACCAGUAGCGUCCAUACUUACCUUAGAAGCCUAAAACUCUCUCAGCAGCCCCUUUUGUUGUAUCCCUUCUACUCUUUCUCGGCUCACACAUGCAUCGUUUUGUUUUGCUGCUUUGCAAAAUACCCAUGAAAAUGAAAGUGGUUGAUGCUGCAGAGUUUCUCUCCGCUAAAGAGAAGAAAUUGAGUCACAAGAAAAGAAAUUAGGUCUAAAUGU